ACUUUACAAGCGUCUCACUCACCUUGUGUGUGUGUCUCUCUUUUUCCACGCCGCGUGGAUAAGAUGACCGGCGGGGAGACAGACGACGGCCACCAGCCGAGGAGGAGCACCGACAGCGGCGACGCAUCGGUGCCGCAGAGGAAUCCGAACCAGCGGGUCGGAACGGCCCAGCCGGUCACUCGCUCGGAGGAAAGCGUGAAAGUCAUCAAAGUGCCGCAGGUGUACCUGGACGGCGGACCCGAGACGGCGGACAGCGUCAGGAUGUUGACGGAUGAGGUGUCUCAGAUACAGGAGGUCAGGUAUUGUCUCAAGACCCUGAGAGAGCAGAUGGCGGCCAGACAAAACGGAAACAUCAAGAAGUAUCCCACCAAUGGCUACACAGUCAACAACCCGACACCCGUCGCCAAUGGCAACAACAUUUACGACGACACUAACCAUGAUGAGGGUGACGAUAAUCAGGUGCAGUACCUGAGGGAGGAAACCAAGCGCCUCUACGCGCAGAUGAAAGACAUGGAACGUCGGCACCGGGAGGAGAGAGAACGGCUGCAGAUGGAGUCGGAGGAGCAGCGGGCGCGUCUGGAGGCGCAGUCGGAGCGUCUCCAGCGGGCGGAGACGGAGUCGGCGGAGCGAGGCCGGCGGUUGGAGGAGCUGCAAAGGUUGCUGGGAAACAUGGAGGCCGAGAGCGGACUCCUGAGGGACAAAAUGGCCGCCGACGAGGCCGAGUUACUGCGGCUUCAGGCGGACAACGGCGAAGGAAAGGAGAAAGAGGACAGAUGUGGCCAGUUGGAGACGGAGGUGGCCGUUCUGAAGGAAAAGAUCCACCACCUGGACGACAUGCUUAAGAGUCAACAGAGGAAAGUGCGACACAUGAUUGAACAGCUGCAGAACUCCCGCACCGUCCUCCAGGAGCGAGAUCGAGUCAUCGGGGAUCUGGAGGAGAAGGUUGCCUUCCUGGAAGCCGAGAACCGAGAGAUGCAAGACCACAUGGAGCACUUCCUGGCAGGCCGGGACCCGCCGCCGCUCAAGAGCGCCGAGAACAAGCCGGUCAUCAUCUACAGCAAACCUCUGAUGCCGUCCACACACAACAACAAGUCCCUCCCCUUCAUCAAAGUCAUCGAGAUCAAGUCGUGAAUGACGGACAGCGAUUAAUCACAAAGUGUAAAUAUGUAUUUAACCAGUGAUUUGCAUCUCACUCCUCCUAAUUGCCCCCCCCCCAAACACUGAAUCAAGUGCACGUUUAAAAACAGUAUCGUCAUGAUAGCGUAAUCCAGUCACUCCUGGUCCUGAGUGUGAAUUUACAGCAACUGUUGAUUGAUCACCACUGAAGUGCGCUCACUGUGUUUGCAUUGACGUUUGUGUACGAAAUCAGUGAAUAAAUUGGAUUGAAAGGCAAAAACAUUUUAGCUAUCUUGGGAACUGAGACACACAUUUCAAUGACUUGAAAAUUUCAAGUGUUGGGGGGGGGGACACUGUACACAAAACAAUAAAGAAACUAUAUAAGAAUAAAGUCGUAAUCCUGUGAGAAAAAAAA